CGCGUGCACAACUCAAUUCGGCUUCUGGGAUAAGGCGUGCUUAUCCGUCGUUCACCAUGUGCCGGUCAUUAUUGCUUGGAAUAUUCCUAUUUCUGCAACAAUCCGUCAGCUCGCAAGAAACCAUUACAAUUGGGGACAAAGUUUGGACUGCCACAUCGCAGGAUCGGUUGCGUCUACAAUUAUUAAUCAACUAUGAUAAGACCUCGCAUCCAACCUACAAUAAUGUUCCAACUAACAUCACUUUGGGCAUGAAGGUGAACUACAUCGAUAUUCAUGAGAUAAAUGGAAAAAUGGUUUUGCACGCAUGGCUAAAGAUAAAUUGGAUGGAUGAAAAUCGUUCGUGGAACAUUGUUGAUUACGACAACUUAACUCAAAUCCAUAUGAAACCAAAAGAAGUAUGGAAACCAGAUAUAACAGUUUUAAAUAGCGCCGGCGAUAAGAGCGAUUAUUUAGGCGAUACUCAAAUACUUCUGGCCCACGACGGUAGUUUUCUGUGGGUGCCGCCCGUUGUUUACACAGCGUACUGUAGUUUAAAUUUCCGUGCGUGGCCUUAUGAUACACAAACAUGCAAAUUGAAGGUCGGUUCCUUGGCGUUAACCUACAUAGAUUCACGCUAUCUAGAUUUGAAAGACAGCUUGGACUAUAGUGAGCUCGUACAAUCGACUGAAUGGGAAAUUGUCGAUUGCGAUACGGUAUAUCGAAAACAGGAUUAUUAUAAUUAUAUUGAAUUUACAUUUAAACUACAGCGUCGUUCGUCAAUGUACGGAGCGGUUAUCUUCACUCCAGCUUCCUGCAUUAUAUUAUUGGCGCUUUCCUCGUUUUGGCUGCCACCACGAAUGGGCGAAAAAAUAUUAUUGAAUACCAUUGUAAUUGUAUUGAUUGCUGCUUUUCUCAUAUAUUUUGCGCAACUGUUGCCGAUAUUGGCUGACAAUACACCGCUCGUAGGUUUGUAUAUACAUAUGUAUAUUAAUGCCUCCCCUUCGCAACCAGUUACCCACAACCCUAACGAAAUUAAUAUGGAACAACUAACGAAUAUAAUAACUGGCGUGGUGACUAAUAUAUUAAGACAAGAAGGACGAAACCUAGUGCAAGCCGCCCUCAACCCCAAUGCAAAUUUUACAAAUAUUACGGACGUGACCAUAGACUCGACCCUAGCGAACAAUAUAACGGAACUAGACAAAAUUCCGGACGUUGUGAGAUGCCUACGCGAAUUCUCAGGCAAUCCGGGAGAGUUUAACUCCUGGAAAAAAAGCGUAGAUAGAAUAUUGCAGAUCUACGAGCCACAAAAAGGAACGCCAAAAUAUUAUGGCAUCCUUAAUGUUAUACGAAAUAAAAUCGUGGGUAACGCCGAUAUUGCCCUCGAAUCUUAUAAUACACCGCUGGAUUGGAAGGCUAUUUCGAGAUGCCUUACCCUCCACUACGCAGAUAAACGAGAUUUGGGAACUCUAGAGCCUCCGGCUCAACCCCCCGCUAAGACGCAACUUCCACGUCCAAAACCAAUGGAUGUCGAUCGCUCCUUGCAUUCAAAAGCGGUUAACUACAUGAAUAGGCCACCACUUAAUAACCAGGCCGGGAAAAGACCAUCCAACUUUUCCCAACAAGUGCCUCUGAAGCAACAGAGGAACUUCCACAUUGAGGCAGGUACUCAAGAAGACCAAUACUAUUUACAGGACCAACAAGACCAAUAUUAUCCGCAAGAUCAACAGGAUUGGGAUCCAACAGCGGAAGAGUAUGAAGCAGAAAUUGCCAAAGAAGAAGGUGGGCAAUCAGUUCAGGAAUACGCUGAACAAAAUCCAUCACAAGACGUUCAAGACCAUAUCGAUAUUCAUCUUUUAGAAUGA